GAAAGGCCAAUGUGACACAUCACUUGGAGGUUGAACCUCCGAGCCAACGGUCGCUUCUCUUUGACACACAACGGGCACCAAACAUCACUGACAUCCACUUCCAUCACUGUGAUGUCUACACAUCAUGAUGUGAGCUUGACAUCCUCCCCUUUCUGAGAACUUCGGCCGCAUCACAUCAUGGAUUACACCACUCUCCUAAUCUCGUUUUCCUGUCUACUUAACACAUGCAGUACACAAACAACUUCAACCUCACCCCCACUAUCCACCACACUUCAAACCCCAACAACAAACCCCCAAACUUCUACACCCCCACCACCAACAACCCACUCAACAACCGACCUCCCUGUAGCCAACACCACCAGUGACUAUUCGGACAUCAUCAGCGAUGAGAUCGAGAAGUUACAGAGCUCCGGCUAUCUCUUCUUCCCCCACAUCUACCGGGCGUUUCUUGACGCUGGCCGGAGACCGCUGUUCUACAACUCCAGCGAAGACUGCAGUCGAAACCUUGAGACUUACUACAACGCUUUUAUCGACAGGAAGGGGUGGGCAUGGAACAUCUACGACGCCACUGGCAAACAGGGCGCUGGCCUCUUCACAGGGGCGUUGACCUGGGUGGGCAACUUCCACCAGUGUAUCAACUCUAUGGGCUACUACUUCAGCGAGCUGACCACGGGGGAGGCCCCGCCCACCCAGUUUUGUGCCGUCUACAUAGCCACGCCCCAGUGGGUUGUCAAUCUACUGCAAGGAUUUAACCUCCCGUUCCCGGUACAAAAGCCGCCGUUUAUUGCAGACAUCUGUACUGUAGUGGGCUGUACGGAGAGUGAUCUACAGAAUAUUGUGCAACGUUACGUGAACGAUGUGUCAUGGUCUGGCAACUAUUCAGUGACGAGUGUCAAAUGUCGGACCGUGAAAAAGCUACGAAACGAUGCGGGCGCCAUUGUAACGCUGUGUAUUAUCGCACUGAUCCUUCUCCUUGUCGUACUGGGCACCACAUUUGAGAUUUAUCUUCGAGCCAAGCGUCACGGGAUCAAAUCCAGCCGAGACAUCCUUAUCGGGGAGACCGCUCCGGUCAACUCCAUCAAAAGCACCAGUUCCACCCCCACCAUCAGGGGGCGUCCCAGAAAAAAAUCCUCCCUCACCUGGCUGGCUUACAAGAACGAGGCGUUCGUCCCUGACAUUGAUAUCACCGAAACACCUCUCAGCGGUGCCUCACCCACAGAACAACCCAGCCCAACCACCCCCGGGCUGGCACAAAUCACAGAAGCUCAAAACGAAGACGGUAACAAGCCUGAAGAAAACCACUCGGACACAGCCAACGGGUCUCUCCUCAAACAGGAGAAGCAGAGUACUCCUGAAAACAUAGUCACCAAUCACGUCAACGGUACAACGGUUCCUAACGAUGAAACAAAGGAUGAAAACACCGAUCCCCACACACAAUCUGAAUACCACCCCACCGAUCCCCACACACAAUCUGAAUACCACCCCACAGAUGACCACGCACAAUCUGAAUACCACCCCACCGACGACCACGAUCGGCUACCCCUGUCAGACUACCACCCUGACCUCCCCAGCCCCAACGGCCUCAAGAAGCGGAGCUCCAAAGAUUCCAGAAAAGCCAGCGUUUUCUUCCCGAGGAUGCAGCACAAGCACCUGCACACCCAGCUGUCCAAGGACAACAGCACCCUGCAGGGCACAGUUCAUCUUUUUGAGAAAAUCCUGGUCACCUUCUCCAUACGUCGUAAUUUGACCAACGUCCUUGGGAAAGGUCACGCGGACACCAUGUUCUGUUUGAAUGGCGUCCGUGUCUGUUCCAUUGGCUGGAUCGUCCUAGGUUCAUACUACAACGCCAUCUAUUCCAACCCAACCCUCAUAG